AAUAGAAACUCGUGUGAUACCAGUUUUAAAAAAAGUUCGCGAAAUUUGUACAAUGACCCGGUGGUAACACGGGUAGGUGAUGAAUCGGGUAUUUAAGUGAAACAAAAGCACUGAUCGUUGGCCUGAGUGAGACCAAGUAUGGCCGAGAUAGCAACAUUGACGAAUCUCUCGGCUUCAUCAAAGCACUCCAUUGGGUUAUCCUCGCCACCCGUAGCUCUCCCGUACUUGCCAGCUACUCCACCUCAAGCCAGGAUGUCGUCCGUGGCUAUGUCAUAUACAAGGGCUCUACAGAGUGCCCCCUAUACAGCAUUGAUUGGUGUGGUGGUGGACGCCAGACAGCCUGCGAGGCAUUCUGCAUCUCCCCGUUAUCGGAUCCGUUGUCAGGUGGGCGGGACCAAUCGCUGGAGGUUGCCAGAGUCGCUAGGAGGGGAUCUUUUGGGUACAGCUCAGGCUAUCAAGUCCCUCAACGAGCCUUACAAUGAGAGCAUGGUGGCUGUUAUGACCGCUGAGAACCCAGCGACAAGUGUUAACAGCGACCCCGAGAAGCCAUAUCAGUUCCCGAGCAAAGACAGCAGCAAUCGUCCCCACACAACCCUGGACGCGAGGACCAGCAACCACUGGGUGGAUCGUCAGGGGUCACCGGAGCCAAAACCCCCAGGCACGGCACCAUGCAGGCUCGGCAGUCCAUCCCCAAUCGAGAGGUUUCAGCCACCCUCUGCCCGCUCACCCACGCCGGUUGACAUCUUCCACUAUCACUCAGCGCCGAUACACAGCGUACUCGGACCAGACAUCCUUCUGCAGUGUCUUGACACCAACUGGGAGCUGCACCGCCCCUACGUCCAGAAGUCGGCCACUCUGACGCAGCUGCUGCGCAAGGCGGAGAGUGCCCCCCACCCGGAGCUGUACUACCGCAACCCCAUGUCGGCCACCCUGGACCAGUACAUCAACAAGAGCCAGCACUACAGCACCGAGUACCAGGAUAUCAGCCGCAGUCUGAGCCUGACUGACAGCCCACGCAGCGAAGAUGGCGGCCGGGCGGAGAAGGAGAGGAAGGGGAUCGGCCACCCGGCCCAUGCAGUCCGGGCUCGUACUAACAACAUGACCAAGCUGAAAUUGAAAGUCCGGGACCCCUUGGUGACCAGAGAUGCAUUUGCCGUUGCCCUCGGCAACCUCUACCAUGAAGACAUCGAUGUAGAGAAGUGCGAUGUGGUUGGAGUGCUGGCAUCUGCUCACACUCUGGGCUUCCAGGAGCUGGAAAGAAGGUGUGCAGAUAUCAUGCUCAGGAAUCUUAGUGCAUCAACAGUCUGCAAAUACCACCAAGCGGGUUUAAAGUACAAAGUCGGGCAGGUUGUUAAUGCUUGUGAGAGAUGGCUAGAGCUCAACCUGAUACCUCAUCUUUCAGUGCAAAUUCACUUGAGGGACCUACCUCUGGAGUUACUCCAGAAGAUUAUCAAGUCAAGCAGGUUUUUCACCUUCAACGAGUACUACCUGUACAAACUGCUAUGUUACUGGAUCUUCCUGCAGCAGAACUCCCACCUCCAACUUAUGCCCUCACACAGCACCAUAGUCACAUUCUUCAACAGCCUCAGUAAGACAACGUCCUUUGUGGAACGUGAGCAGGGCCAACAGUAUGCCAGCCUCUUCCGCUCCAUCCGGCUGGCCGGGGUGACGGACACGCGCCACCUGGACGACAUGCUGCGCAUGAACGUGGUGCCGCAGCAGUGGAUCCUGAAGACGCUCAGCCUGCACUACCAUGCGCUGCAAGGUGGCGGGGACAUGUCGCUGAUGUUGAACUUUGGCAACGAUGCCAUCCGGACUGGCUUCAUCAUCCAGCAGGAGCCAAGAUACCACAGUGAAGUGGUAUCCAUCCACGGUUUCCACUUUGAGCUGAAGGCUCAUCGGCAAGGAAAGAACUCCACAUAUCAGUUCUACAUGCAGCGCCUGAAGCCCCACGACCCUACCCUCUCUUUCCGCAUCUGCGAGCGCCAGACCUUCUCCCUGCGGCAGGACCGGGAGGUGCUUUACAGCAUCCGCAUCCAGUGCCAGCUUCCGGGCCAGGACUACGUGUACAGCACGGGGGUGCUGAGCAAGAAGUUUGGCCUGGGCUCCAAGACCAGCCGCAGUGAGGUGCUGUCCCUGGAGGGCCUCUGCCUCCCGAUCUACGUCACCUUCGGCAUCCUGUUCCCUCCAUCCUAGAAUCCCAGAUCGGGUAUCUCCCAUUCCCACUAGUGUACCUUUAAGGAGCAGGAGGAUUUGAAUUGCUUGUUGACUGGUCGUAUUUUAGCAGCUCACAGGGGCUUGUUGAGGAGUAAAACAAGCCACUGUAGGCCGCUUGCUCAAAGGAAAGACGUAAGGCACAUGUCAAUAUUCAUCCCCUGCUUGCCUUAACAAUGCUAGCUUCAGUUCCUACCUCUAGGUAGGCAAGACGAUAUUUGCCAACCAUCCCUAAACUUCUAGCAUUGUAACAUCAUUACAUUUUGUGUUGCUUAGAAACCAAACAUUUUUCAGUUUUUCAAAUUAUGUUCCUGGAUAAAUAUAUCUUAUGUUCUAAAAGACGACACUGUUGUAUUAUUUUGAUAUAAAGAAAUUGCUUCUUUAUAUAAUAAUAAUAAUAAGUUUUUAUUCACCAAUCCUUACUUUUAACUUGUACAUUAGGAAGACAGUUUCCAUGUGUUUCUUUUUCAAUGCAUGAUGAGUAAAAACAUUUAUCUAAAUAAAAUACCUGGAUAGGUGUAAUUACUAUCUCAAGAUAACUUAAACAUAUCCAUCUUGCACGGAGGUAAAUGUUUCAACACAAUACUUACAAUGUGCUUUAAUGUGCAAAGUAAUGAAUGUUCCUAGACAGUCAAAACUUGUCUUUGAUUACUUGCAUUUUUGGCAUGGGCUGUUGUUUAAGACACAGUCUAUUUUGAGAGAAUGGAAGAAUUACAUGUUGAUCUAGUAUACUUGUAUGGAACAAACAUUUCUAAAUGCUGUGAUUAACUGUGUACACUUGAUAAAUACUUGUGGAAGGUUUCAUUAACUUCUUGAAACAUUGGAAUUUUUUAUACAAAGUAAGGUUGCUGUUUGUAAGUUUUUGGUUUUGCUCCAUACAUUGAAAUUUUGGACUUUUAAUAAGAUACAUAAUAUAAGUAACAUUCGGGAGAAAACAUUUCAACAUAGUUUGAUUGAUUAUUAUGUAUGAUAAACAUAUUUUUGUGUGUUCUAGCUGCCCUAUAGAACACUUAGUCUCUGUAUAUUUUGGUGAUUUUGGUAAGGACCUGGGCUGUAAACUGCUGCAUACAUAAACCAUUCCGUUGAUUAAUAACGUUAAUUUUCUCAUA